AUGUUUGAGUUGCAACCUGCAACCGAGAGACCUGUUGGUAUUUAUGCCAAGAAAUAUGAAUGGGCUGCACGACCCUCUUCAUCGUCCUCGAAUGGCGGUGGCCUGCAUUUAGAUUUGCAUCCACCACCAAUGCAAAUUGGCGGAGAUUGUUCUUUGUGGAUACGCUCGGCCACAUUGGAUUUUGAUGAUGGCCUGUGGGAAUGUCAGGUGACGGCUAGUGAUUUUACAACACAGGAUGCUUUAACCAGUCAACCAGUACGCUUAGUUGUACGUGGUAAGUAUGAUCAAGUUAAAAAUAGCAAUUGUGCGUUGUUCUUGCACCGCUAAUGGUAUCUUUGAACGAUGUUUUUGCCCAUUAAA